AUGCCCAGGCCCCUGGGAUCGGUGAACGGCGCUGUGGCUCUGCUGUGGGCUCUGCUGCUGUGCACGUGGCUGGGGCUUCCGCGCGCGCAACCCAGGCCCUGCCCGCAGGUCUGCAGGUGCCCUUUCGGCGACGCGGUGCAGUGCUCGGGCAGCCCGGUGGCGCGCAUCCCCUCGCUCGACCUGCCUGCCAACCUCACGCACCUCCUGCUCUUCCGCAUGGGCCCCGGCGCCCUGCACAACGACAGCUUCCGCGGCAUGACCGUCCUGCAGCGCCUGAUCCUCACUGACAGCCCCAUCUCCGCCGUUGCCCCGGGCACCUUCGACGACCUGAUUAAGCUGAAAACCCUGAGACUGUCCCGCAACAACAUCCCCCACCUUCCUCGCGCUAUCCUGGACCGGACGCUGCUCCUGGAGCAGCUGUUCCUGGACCACAACGCACUGCGAGCCAUCGACCCUGACCUGCUCCGGAACCUAGCCAACCUGCAGGAGCUCUUUCUGAGCCACAAUCAACUCGCCUCGCUCCCUGUAAGCCUCUUCGCGAACCUGGGGAGGCUGAAAGUGCUGGAUCUUUCGGGGAACAACUUGACACACCUGCCCGAGGGACUGUUCGGCGCCCAGGCCGAACUUCAGGAGCUCCUGCUGCACUCGAACCAGCUUGCCUCGCUGGACUCGGGGCUGUUGGACAGCCUGAGCACCCUGGUGCGCCUGGAGCUAGAUCGGAACCGCAUCCGCUCCAUCGCCCCCGGCGCCUUCGACCACCUGGAAAACCUGAGCUCGCUGACACUGGCGAGAAACCGCCUGGAGGUGCUGCCGCCCGGCCUCUUCCUGCACAAGCCCCAGCUGACGCAGCUCACGCUCUUCGAGAAUCCGCUGGCAGAGCUCCCCGGGGUGCUUUUCGGGCCCAUGCCCGGCCUGCGCGCGCUGAGCAUCAACGGCACCCAGCUGCGCGCCCUGCCCCGCGCGCUGCUGCGCAACCUCAGCUCCCUGGAGCGCGUGCGGCUCGACCGCAACCAGCUGGAGGCGCUGCCGGGCGACGUGUUCGCGGCCCUGCCCCGGCUCACCGGGGUGCUGCUGGGCCUCAAUCCCUGGCUCUGUGACUGCGGCCUGUGGCCGUUCCUCCAGUGGCUGCGGCAGCACCCGGGCGUAGUGGGCCGGGCCGAGCCCCCGCGGUGCUCCAGCCCGGACCCGCGCGCCGGCCUGGAGUUCUGGGAGCUGCUGGAAGGCGACCCUUGGUGCCCGAGCCCGCGGGGCUCGCCUGCCCGAGCCCCGGGCACUACCGAGGUGCCCUGCAUUUCGGAGCCCUGGGGGCGCGUCCAGCCGGUGGCCUCAGGAGAGGAGAGUGGAGCUCUCCGCCUCUUCUCGGCUGUGUACAUCCUGCUUCUAGCUGUGCAGGCCAUCGUUACCGGAGUCAUUGUGUUUGCUAUGAUUAAGAUCGCUGGGCUCUUUCGGAAAUUAAUCAGGCAGAGGGCGCUAUUCUGA